UAGUGUCGUCAAAGACGGUGACGUCGAAUGAACAGCCGUCUUUUUUAUCAUAUGGCAGCCAACUAAUAUGGCGACUUGCUGAUACGGUGAAAACUAAAGCGGGUAGAUCGCGAAGAAUUCUCGAUAAGCUUGACAGCACGUAAAACAAUAUUUUAAUACAAUUAUAAUGCCGGUAGUUCCUGGUGGAGCGUAUCAGCAAGGACCAUCCUGCUGGGAUAGGAUGAAGAUGGGAUUUACUAUUGGUUUCUGUGUUGGAAUGGCAUCGGGUGCUCUUUUUGGAGGAUUUUCAGCUUUGAGGUAUGGAAUGAGAGGGAGGGAAUUGGUAAACAACGUUGGAAAGGUAAUGCUUCAAGGUGGUGGAACAUUUGGCACUUUCAUGGCAAUUGGAACAGGCAUACGUUGCUAACAUUCAGAGAUAUUGUGUAUAACUUUAGAAUGGAUUAUGUUGUAAUAUCAAACUGUACUAUUGACUUUGUAAUAAAAUAAUGUUAAGGAAA